AUGGCCGACAUAGACAUUAACCCGCAAUUCGGCGCAGAGCUCAAGGAUGGCUUCAAGCCGGUUAACGCUUGGGUCGCGAAUGGUAUCGGCUGGCUGGACGAGAUACAGCAGUUCUACCGGGAACGCGCCGCAGUAGAGAAGGAGUACGCCGGAAAGCUGAGCGCGCUGGCUAAGAAGUACUUUGAGAAGAAAGCCCGCAAGUCAAGCACUCUCAGCGUGGGCGACACCCCCACCGUCACUCCGGGGUCGCUGGAAUGCGCCUCCAUGACCACAUGGCAAGUCCAGCUCACCACCCUCGAAAACCGCGCGAGCGAACACGAGCAAUUCUCCCAGCAACUCGUCACCAACCUGGCCGAGCCCCUUAAGCAGCUCGCCGCCCGCUACGAAGAGCUACGCAAGUACCAUGGCGACUACGCAGCCAAGCUGGAGAAGGAGCGAGACUCAACAUAUAACGACCUCAAGAAAGUAAAGGGCAAAUAUGACAAUGCCUGCCAGGAGGUCGAGAAUCGCCGCAAGAAGUCUGAUGGCGCGUUCGACCAUGGAAAAGCAAAGGCGCGUGCCGCUUUCGAGCAGCAACAGGCUGAAAUGCGGAACUUAAAGAGUACUUAUAUUAUCAGCAUCAAUGUAACCAAUAAGCAAAAGGAACGAUACUACCACGAAUAUGUCCCUGAGCUUCUGGAUAGCUUGCAAGAUCUUUCCGAGACGCGGGUUGCGAAAUUGAAUGAAAUCUGGUCAUUGGCUGCCCAAAUCGAAACCGGCACGCUUGCACGGAGCACGGAGUUCUUGAACCACCUGGCUUCAGAAAUCCCACGCAACAACCCCAAGCUGGACUCCAUGAUGUUUGUCCGACACAACACCCAGGACUGGCAUGACCCAGCAGACUUUGUCUUUGAGCCGAGCCCCGUCUGGCAUGAUGACGACACGAUCCCCGCAGACGAGACGACGAAGGUUUUCCUGACGAACAUUUUGACGAAGAGCAAGGGAUCGCUAGGGGAGCUGAAACGCCAAAUUGAUGCGAAGCAGAGAGAGGUUCAAAACGCUAGGAAGGCGCGAGACCUCAUUCGAGAGGGCAAAGACAAGCGUGAUGAAGUGGAGUGUGUACGCGCCAUCUUCUCGUUGCAGGAACAAAUGCAUGAAGUUCAGCGGCAGAAGACGACUGCAGAGGUGGAGGUCGCGACAAUCACAACAGCAGUGGGAGAUGUCAGCAUUGGAGCACGGAAUCACAACUUCAAGGCCCAGACGUUCAAGAUUCCCACGAACUGCGAUCUCUGUGGUGAUCGCAUCUGGGGUUUGUCCGCCAAGGGGUUCGACUGUCAAGACUGUGGUUACACGUGCCACAGCAAGUGCGAGAUGAAAGUUCCUGCAGACUGCCCUGGCGAGAUGAACAAAGAGGAAAAGAAGAGGCUCAAGGCAAGAAGGCAGGAAGAUGCGAAGGCCUCGACGGCAAGUUUGGGGGCUACAGACUCACAAUCAGACCUACCCCAGCUCAGCCGCAGCGAUACCGUGAACUCGAUGAACACGUUGAGCUCUGGUUACUCUGCAACAGCACACCGGUCUAUAUCUGGCACGGCAGAAGCCCCGGAGGAGAAGUCGCCGGAAAGGAAGAAAUCCCUUCCUGCUAUACGGAAGAACCGGAUCAUGGCGCCACCUCCUGCGCAAUACAUUAAGAGCGCGGACUCUGCAGCGCCUUCGAAUGGUGAUAGUCACAAGGCCAACGAACCAAAGGGCAAGAUGAUGUACCCUUACACAGCCGCUGGCGAGGGCGAGAUAUCCAUCGACGAGGGCAAGGACGUUGCCAUUUUGGAACCAGACGACGGAUCAGGAUGGAUGAAGGUCCGCGCCGGCCACGAGGAAGGGCUGGUGCCUGCUAGCUAUGUCGAAGCUGUCCCUGCAUCUCCCGUGCGUCCCAGCUCGACGUACUCCAAUUCCAAUGCUUCGAUUGCAGACAGUAUUGCUGCUGUGGCUGCGAAGAAGAAGGGCCCUGCAGUGGCACCGAAGAGAGGUGCAAAGAAGCUCAAGUACGCCGAGGCCUUGUACGACUACGAGGCGCGCAGUGAUGCUGAGCACACGAUCGUGGAGGGUGAGCGGUUCGUGCUCAUCAACAAGGAUGCGGGCGAUGGAUGGGCGGACGUUGAGAAGGGAGGCAUCGUCAAGAGCGUGCCCGCGAAUUAUAUCCAGGAGGUUUGA